GGCUGCUUGUGUUCUGUUGACCAUUCACUGUCGCUUGAUGUUUUCAAGAUUAUGGUUUUAAACAGUGCUGACAGCUUCAUAAGGACGCUUUAUCCCUUCUAAAAAUACAACGGGAGUUUGUAAAGACAACCCCUCAUCAUACGGAGUGGUUUGGAGGCUACAUUUUGCUACAGUGAAUUUGCUAUCAAAAUGCAAAUCAAGGAAUGUAUCGUGUCUGCACCAGGGAAAGCUAUCCUCCACGGAGAACACGCUGUCGUGCAUGGCAAGGUGGCUCUGGCUGUGAGUUUGAACCUGCGCACAUACCUACGGUUGCAGGCCACAUCCACCAGUAAAGUCUGCAUCAAUCUCCCCAACAUCAACACUUUCCUCAGUUGGGAUGUGACCGCGUUGAAACAGCUGCUCCCUGACUCUGGAGCUGAGCUGGGGAAUGUGAAUGAGCUUGAUGCAGAGCUUGUCAGGAUGCUGCGAAACUUUGUUGGUGUAUCAAAUGGAACCUUGGAUACUCGCAGCAUGGCCAUCCUAGCCUUCCUCUACAUCUACCUCUGUGUCUUUGCCAAGUCAGGGGAGUUGCCCAGCCUGACGGUGUCUGUGUGGUCAGAGUUGCCAACUGGAGCGGGUCUGGGGUCCAGCGCUGCCUACUCUGUGUGCCUGGCUGCAGCCAUGCUUUCUGCCAGUGGGACCAUCCCUUCUCCACUGAGUGACCAGGAAAACACAGCUAGGUGGGAUGAGGUGGAGAUGGAGCUAAUCAACAGGUGGGCGUUUCAGGGGGAGAGGAUCAUCCAUGGGAACCCCUCAGGGGUGGACAACGCUGUGGGGACAUGGGGUGGCAUAUUGAGAUACCAUUCUGGGAAGAUAACAGCCUUAAGCAGGGUCCCAAUGUUAAGGAUCCUACUCACAAACACCAAGGUCCCUCGCAGCACCAAGGUACUUGUUGCUGGAGUGAAGGACAAAAUGAACAAGUUUCCCUCUAUUAUAAACCCUGUACUGGAGUCUGUGGAUGCAGUCUCCUGCACCUGUGAGCAGACCAUAACAGAGAUGGCCAGCGACACCCCCACACCAGAGCACUACAAUGUCCUGGAGGAGCUUAUUGACAUCAACCAGCACCACCUGAACGUGAUGGGUGUCGGACACCCGACCCUGGACACCCUGUGCCGGGUCACCCUGGCCAGAGGGCUACACAGCAAGCUUACUGGCGCCGGAGGAGGGGGCUGUGGCAUCACCUUGCUUAGACCAGAAACUGAGUUCUCGGUGGUCCAGAAUACUAUACAGGACUUGAGGGACUGUGGCUAUGACUGCUGGGAGACCAGUAUCGGUGCAGCAGGCGUGCAGCAGCACUCUCCCCUCGCUGUGAAAGAGGAGGUCCUGGAGGUUUUAGCGCGCUACUGAGACACACUGGCCGUGGGUGUGCCCACUGCCCUCCCUACAGGCUAACGGGGAGCUUUGCUCCAUGACUCUGGCCUUCCAACUCUUCUAUUGUUAAGGAAUGACAACAAACAAUAGAAGAGUUGGUUACAGUAUGGGAUGACGCGUAACUGUUAAUAGCACUUGUCUAUUAGACUACCAACAGUCAAGACAGACUCUUUGUGUCAGGGGAGGAUAUUGGCUCAUCACUUAUUUUUCUAACUCUCAAAUCAUGCCAUUUCAUGAUCACACCUCACUCACUUUGAAAUGUGGAUUUCUAGUUUUCUGUAUGAACCUUCCCUGGCCUGAAAUGAAUGUUUACAGAUGUGGGUUUGAACCGUUUUUUAGGUUUAGCAUGAGCUUAUCAUGACAUUUCUAAAGAGGAUGCUGCAGAAAAGCAAGAGAACCCCUGUGCUCAGCUAGUCUCUGUCUAGCUGCUGGUUUUGGCAGGAACAACUAGUAUUCAAAAACGAGUAAAAACAAACACACUGAAAAAUAUAACAAAGAUGGGUGACCAACCUUGACUUUAGUGCUUAUUUGUUUUUGAACUCAAGGUUGGUCAUCUGUCUUUUUUCAGUGUGCGGUUUUUAGUCUUGUUUUUGAAUAUCAGUACCUUCAUUGACUUCUUGUUCAUUUCAAAGGAGGGUGCUGUGAUCCGUUUGUCCAAUAGAUGGCAGCAAAUUGUAAGAAGUCACUAACCUCAACAGGGACUGAGCGAAUCAGAGCGAUAGAUUGUCAUUCAGUGUUUGCUUCAGGUGUCAAUAUAAUGCCAUGGCAGAUGCAUUACUUGUUAAACUAACCUUUUUAAAAUAGAAAAUAAACUGUUUCUAUGUGUCACAUAA